UCUUACAAAACAAACUUUAUAAUUAACAAGAGUAAUAAUCAAUGUUUGAACAAAAACGUGAGCAAAAAGCAGGGGCACAUUUGCAGUUGUAUGUAAAUUCAGAGAAUUCAGAUGAGCGUUUCGACGCUCCACCUCCAACUCAAUUGUUCUCUGCACAGGCAUCCGUCUCGCCAACUGCUCAUGUGAGCCUCAGUCCAAAGGCCGAGGCUCUCGCACAGGCUCAUCGAGGGCGUGUAGAAGCCGAGGCCCAAGCCUACCUCGACUCUGAGAUCAGGAAACUAGAGGCUAGGGCACAAAAACUCCAGGCAAAAGCAGAGAGGAAGAGGAUGCACGAAGAAGCAAAGGCCCUCCAAGUUGGGAAACAAGAACAAGUCCGUGCUGAUCAAACAAUGCAAAAUGCCCAGGUAAAGGCUGAUAAAAUUCUAUCAAAGGCUCGAGAAGAUGCGCUUAGAAUAAAAGCUCAUGCCAGUGAGCAGACAGAGAAGGCCAUUGCAGAUGCAUAUACAAGAGCCGAAAGGUGCAAAGCAGAGGUUGAAGAGACAAAGAAAAAGGCUGUGGCAGAAAUUACUGAACGUGCUCAUUUAAUGAUAGCUAUUGGUGAGCUUCCGUCUGCUCAACAAACAGUGGUUAUAAGAAUGAAGAAUAGUUGGGUAUGCCAUCCUUGAAAAAUCAAAACACAUUAUUAUUAUUAUUAUUCAUUUGACCAUUUGAGAGCAAUAAGAGAGCAAUAGGAGUAAUUUCAACUUUCAGGGAAUGUAUAUAUCUACAGUAGUCUGGAUUCCAUUUAUUUUUAUAGGGUAGUAGUAUUUCGGAGUAUUCUUGCCUUCAAUAUUUAGAAGGAAAUGUAUUGGGCAGUCAACAUUAUAUUUUCUACAGCAAAGUGAAAGCUCUUCAGUAUAUAUCUUUUUUGAAUAAUAAAUAUGCAUAUUGCAAUUUUUUUGGUCU